AUCGGGGCGAAAUUGAAGCGGGAGUGCCCUGUUCCAAAAUGGCUGCCGAGACAGACGGCCCGGGGGAGAAGCGCCUUCCUCCGCUUUCGCUCUGGUUUGGGAUCCCGAGUGAGAAAGUGACUUGUCCUUAUGAUACUAAUCAUCAAAUGCCUAAAUCUUCCUUGGAGAAACAUAUGAGAUCCUGUAGAUUGAGAAAACUAGAAUAUUCUAAAGAGGAAGAGGCUGAAAUGUAUGAUUCUACUUUUUUCUAUGACAAAGGCAAAAUUCCUAAAGUUCAAAUGGAUAAAGAUUUACAGUUUGACAUUAUUAAGAAAGCCAUGGCCAAAGAGUGUGGAAAUUGUUGCCCAGGCACUUAUUCAUCACAGCCUGCAGAAGUUCCACAAAACCACAAGCGUUACAUCUGUGAUCUGACCCAAGCUGACCGACUUGCAAUUUACGAUUACGUCCUUGCAGAGACAAAGAACCAGAGGUCAAGAUCUCAGGCGACAGAAAAUGACAGUGAUCUGUUUGUAGAUUUGGCAGCAAAAGUCAACCAAGAUGAUGGCCAGAAAGGUCCAAAAUCUCAUCUUGAAAUUCUUGCGGAGAUGCGGGAUUAUAAAAGACGGCGGCAAUCGUACAGAGCUAAGAAUGUUCAUAUAACAAAAAAAUCCUACACAGAGGUAAUCAGAGAUGUGAUUGGUGUACACAUGGAAGAACUUACCACUCAUUGGCAGGAGGAGAACAGAAAUAUCGGGGUUCAUGAAGAUGAAAAAUCCACUUUUUCAGCAAAGUCUUCAGGAAGUAAGGAAGAGCGAAGAUCUGCAUCAGCUGAUUCAAGACAGUCUUGUGGAAGUUCAAAAGAUAUUGAUUAUUCUCGACAUCGGAGGAAUUCAAGCAGAAGUCCAGGCAGACGGAAAAGAAGUCGAGAAAGAGAGAGAGAUUCCCGAAGGAAAAAAGAUAGGUAA